AAUCGCGCCAGUCACCACCACCAAAUUGCCGACUUACCGGUGGAUGUCGGUGGCCAUCACCUCUAUAUAUCCAUCCAUCUAUCUAUAUCUUCAGUCUCCACAAACCCAUCGAUCACAACUAUGCAGCCGAUCAAACAAGAACCAAUCGAAGAACACCCACCACCCCACAUCAAAUCCGAACCUACCCAAUACCCAAACCCGCCACCAGAUAUCAAACCCGAACCCGUUGAUCACACCCCACCACCCAAAAGACUCAAAACCCAAGAUUCGCCAUCCUCAUCAUCAAAAGGCAAAUCCAUAAAAGAAGAAGAAGAAUUAAUUACUAAUAAUAAUGAUGUUGACGAUGAUGAUGAAUCAUUGGUGGAUAGUUGUGGUGUGUGUUUGUUGGAACAAGGGAUGGCUUUACAAGGUUUUAUUGACAGCUGCCAACAUUACUUUUGUUUUGUUUGUAUCAUGGAAUGGGCUAAAAUCGAGUCUCGUUGCCCGAUUUGUAAACGUAGGUUUUCGACCAUCCGUAGACCUCCUAAAGAUGGUGUCUUUCCAUCCGAAAGAAUCGUUAACGUCCCUGUUCGUGAUCAGGUUCAUUUUUUCAAUGGCAAUUCAAGUGUAGGACCCCCUGAUUUGUAUUCACAAGUUAAAUGUAGUGUUUGUAGCCAUUCAUCAGAUGAUGAGGUUCUUUUGCUAUGUGAUUUAUGCGAUUCUGCUGCACAUUCGUACUGUGUUGGUCUUGGUUAUACUGUACCCGAAGGUGAUUGGUUUUGCAAGGAUUGCACGCUUUCGAGAAAUGAACAUGCUAAGGUUGAAACUAGUACUACUUUUGAGGAGAAUAAUAAUGAGGUUGAUAUAGAUGUUGAUAAUGAAAAUGUAGUUCGGUUUGCUCAGCCUGACGUGUCAAUUCGUGAUAUUGUAAGAGAUUCUAGUAUCCGUGUGCCUCGUUCUAUGGGUGCAUCUGUAAAUCGAAGUGAACAGGUGGCAGAACAGUCAAACCGUUUUGUGGGUGCAUCUGUCAGUCGAAGUGAACAGGUGGCAGAACAGUCAAACGCACAGCCGGCUGUUGAGGGGUCAAAUGCACCGAAUGCUAGAACCUUGCAACGUUGUCUCAAUGUUCAUGCUCGUAUUAGAGUGUUACGUGAAAAUUGGAAUGGUUUUAGAGGAGGGUCUUUAAGUUUCUCUUCUCAAAGGCAUUCAAAUAGCAAUGUAGCUCCACAUAAAGACUCAUACAAUACCGAAAAAGCAUGGAAGAUGAUGGAUAUUGCAGCAAGAGCUGUAGGAAAAAAACCUGGAAACAAAUGCUUGGUGAAUAAAACCUCAAAACUUCCUGUAAAGAAAGACGCCAGAUUAGUGAAUGAGGUAUGUAAAGUGAGGCCAAGUAGCAAUUAUAUUGGUGGAUUGAAGAUGCAUGAUGGUAUUGGUACAUCUAGAAGUAAUGAUGACAAGAGCAGGUUUCGGACAUUUGAAAGAUAUAAGCAUGCGCAGGGUAAUGUGAAGAGGAAACGUGAGCUUCCAUCUUCAGUGAAGAUUAUUGCGUGUACCCAGGCAAAGAGUAAUCAUUAUGACAAUAUACCAAGAUAUGAUUGGGGCUGGACUACAUCUGAUGUUGUUGGUUCCAGUGAUCAAGCAUCAUCGACAACUACCGAUGAAUCUCGUAAAAGAAAGGAAAUCAAUGGAACUGUCAAGGAGAAUAGGAGCAUAAAGAAAGAUCAUAUAUAUGAUAGCAAUAUCAAGGAAUAUGAGAAUGCUAAAACUGAGAUUCAAUCGCUUGUGAAACUCAAUUUAAAGUGUGUAAGCAGGGACAAAAAAUUAGAAGUUGAUGUAUUUAAGGAAGUUGCAAGGCAUGCAACACAUUCAAUCAUGGCUGCUUGCGGUAUUGAGCAACCAAGAGCACGAUUUCGUAGUUUUGAAAGAGUGGUCUGCAGCCAUAAUGAGAAACAGAAGCAGCCAAGCUUUAAUCUCAUGCCGACAUCCUGCAGAGAAUGCUUUUUAGGUUUUGUCAAUGAUGUGGUCACAACUAUUGCAUUGGACAAUUAUGUUAAAAUGUAAUGAGGUUAGUUUAGCUUUGUUAGAUUAGGUUGUAAAUGUAUAACGGCAAACAUUCCAAAGUAGCUUAACAGUUAUAGGUGUUUAAAA